AUGAAACCCCCUUGGGGAGUUCUCCCCCUUUUACUUUUCGCACAUUUUUUAAAAUGUACUAAUGGGUACAAGAAGAGGACGGGGGGUGCCCUGUAUAACUUCCUCCUGGCAAGUAGAAGUAACGAACCAAACGAAACAAAGUUCAGAAGAAGAAGAUCGCACCAUGAGGUAAGAAGAAAAAAUGUGCAAAAAUUAAAAGACGUGAAGGAUAUGCAUGUGGGACAGCUAAAAGUGGGCAGAGUAACAAACGUUGUCGAAAACGAUAUAUUUGUGAAAUUAAAAAAUGACGAUAAUGAGCAAAUUAUAAUUAAGAGGGAGAAUAACUACCUCCUGGAAAAUGAACUGCUGUACGAGUAUUUACAUAGAAACAAUUUUAUUGACCAUGCAAUGUAUGCUAGACUGAUGAGGAACGGGAACCCAAAAUGGGAAGACCAAUCCCCCUGUGUGCAAAAUGACCCUGUCAAAGACUGCCUUGUUCUCGUAAAAGAAAUUGACGAGAGAAAUAGAAUAAUCGGAGAAUUAUUCACAAACGAAAUGAACAAAAGGAAGGAAAAAAUUUACGACAAAUUGAAUGAACUGAAAAAUUCCGAAAAAAAAAUUUUCAUCCAAAUUGUAAAAAAUUUAAGGAAUAAAUAUUUUGUCGUUUUAAUAAAUGGAUGCAUAAAGGGCUACCUCCUCUACGAAGAAAAUGAUGAGAAGGACAAACACAAUGUGCAGCUCCUACAAUCGGGCAAGAACGCAACCCGAAAAAUUAGCGCAUACAUAAUUGAAGUGAAUAAAAAACUCGAGUAUGUCUUCUUAAGUUUACACAAAAUACCCAAUAAUGAAAUAAAUGAAAAAUUACAGAAUUUAAAACACACAAUUGUCGUGGAAAAUUUAUUCGAAAAUGUCUACUUCAAAGCGGAGGUGUCUGAUUUUUGUAACGACGGAAAUAACAUCAUUGUGAAUAUAUUUGAAAGUAAAAGUAACCCCAUUAAGGUGAAAAUAAAAUCUCAUAAUAUUAUCAACACGAGAAAUAUUCUGCGCAAUUUUGAUUACCUCAAAAAUAAGGUUAUAACACAUCAGUUUUCCCUGUACAAUUCGGCUGCCGUGGAGGAGACCAACGAAGACCGUGUUCCCAGCCACAAAAUGGGACACCGAAGGGGGGAAGAAAGUGGGGACGGCCUCCACACAGGCGAAAGUGGCCCGUUCGAAUCGCGCUACGCAAGGGAUAGCACUCCACAGGACCAAAAAGCAAAAGGGUCAAUACGCACCAAGGACUACGCAGAUAAGUAUAAAAAAUUCAAGCAAGACUUCUACGGCUGCAACGAAGAAGAUGCUCUCAAGUAUAUAAACGUGGACGACUACAUCUUUAAGAAGGAAAAACUGCUGUAUGUUCGAAUCGUUAACAAGACGUCAGACCCCAAUCUGUACGAAGGGAGCAUGGUUAAUGCGGAUCAAAUUAAUCACCAGAUAUAUGAACUUAUAAAAAGGAUGUCCAGUGACCAAAACGUCAUUCGGGAUUAUGACUCCAUGCUGAGGUACCCCUCCAAGGUUCUCGCAUUCUUUAACAAUUAUGUGAUUCUCUCCACCAGGGUUUUGAGCCCCAAAGUGCCGGCAGCACAAGAGAGCGCCCCCGAGAAGGGGGAAAAUACCCCUUUCUGUGGCACCACCGGGUAUAACAAAAUCAACAAGGAACACGUAAGAGACGUCAUCACGCUGAUCGAGAAGCGACAAAUCGAUUAUGAAAAUCUCAAAGAAGGAGACAUCUUCUUUUGCCGAUUUGAUAACAUCAAAACGAGGAACGCGCGCAACAUUUUUCACCUCUCCAAUAGUACCAUGAACAAAAUCUUUAAUUCGUACUUUAAGCGGGAGAAGGACAUAAUGGGGUUAGUCAGCCGGCGGGACGAUGACUCCCCGCGCUGGGAGAGGAGCGUCUCCAGAACGGAAGGGGGAAGGGAUACUCCCCACCAAGGGCUCAACAUAGGAGAGCGGACCAAGUGGCCAGAGAAGAAGAAAUUAACGAAGCAGGAGAAAUCUCCAGCAGAGCCGAAAUCCCCGGAACAGCAAAUCUUCGAAGAGAUUUUUUUCUCCAAGAGGGACUUCUACUUCAUGAGGGGAGAACUACACAAGGACACUGAAUACCGCCUCAACAAAAACAAUAUAGACAAAAAUUUCAAAUUGUUGAAGCACAUAUGUGACACGUACUACUCGGGCAUUAACAAGGCAUACGAUCGCUACCCAAGCAUACGCGAAGAAUAUAUUUUGGCCUACCUGGGAAAGGACAAUUACAAGCUGUACCGGAAAUUGGUGGCCGAUUAUUUCUCAUCCAAUGAGAAUUCUUACAAAGAAUUUUUGCAAACAGAUUGUGAAGCCAUCCUUAUGACCGUCUUCGAUGUGGCAUUUGAAAAUCCCCACUCAUUAACAGUGCAGCUGGUACAAAAUUAUAACAAAGAGCUAUAUCGAAAAAUCGCCAGGCUAGACCUUAACGAACUAAAUUACUUGCUAAAGGAUCUAGAUAAAUUAAAAAAACAAAUGUAUAUCUAUCCUUGUACCUACAAGACGAAGACUGGACGAAUGAACCUGAUUUUGAAUAAUAUGAAGCCCAUCAAAAAAGAGCAGAUCGAAAUUUUAGACAUCCCUGAAGACGUAAAGAAUGAGCUGCUAAAUGUGUAUAAAAAUUUCGUCUUCCCCAUUGAGUACAUAAAAGAGAUCAUUAUAAAGAAGAAACAGGCCAAAUGUCGGGAAAAUAGCAAAAUGCAGUCCAUUUACAUUUUGGCCGAGGAAACCAUAAACCUUUAUGAGAAUUCUGCCAAGGACGUCGAGCCACUCAGUGACGAGCAAAUUGGCGUCAUCAGGAACCACCUUUUGAAGAAACGCAAGCCCGUCCCGGGCGACAUGACUGAAGAUCAGGACUCCUUCCGCGGGGAUCUUUUCGAACCCGAAAACAGCCAAAUAAGGAGGCUGUUGCACAUGAUAAAGGAAGAUCUGGAGAAGCAGAAAAAGAAAAACAAGCUGGACGAAGUGGACCGUGAGUAUGAAAAAGAACAGAACAGUUACACCGAAGCCACGGACCUCUACAAGACGUACCCAGAGCUCCAGGAAAUGGACAGGCUCACCGAGGAUGCCUUUCAUAUGAAAAUUCCCUUUGUGGAAUAA